UGAUUAAGAAUAAGUUUCCACUCCUGAUUUCUCCGUGUGCAUGUCAUACCUGUUCUGUUUUGAUUUGCGAAUAAAUAAGAAAGUGCAUUAGGUAAGAAAUCGCAGUUUUCGCCAAUUUCAAUCUGGAACUUAAAAAUGUCCCACAAAUCUUGCGUGGAACUGAGCGAAAUUCGAAAAUUGGAUAAAAUAGUGCAGCAAUGCGAGCUGUACAUGUCCAACAACAAUAUUAACGACAAUGCGGCCAAGAAACCGCCUUUGAAGGAAUUCAAGCGCAAUUGCCCUGCAAAAUCGAACAAAUUUGUGGAGAGGGAACUCUUCUCGCUCAUGUGCAACCUGAACAAGAUUGAAAAGAAGCAGGUUUUCGUUUCAGAUAUCCUGAUUAACGCCAGCAUGUUCGACGACAAGAAGGAGAGUUUGGCGCGGUUUCCCAAAAACGUGUCCGACCACAACACUCUGGUGUACCACAAAUUCCUGAGGACUCGACCCACUAACGAUGAUGAAGCCCUAAAGCUGAAGGCUGGUGGGAAAUCGAAGGAAAGGCCAGGUCCGAAAAGCACGGCAGAUUGCUUCUUUUCGCCUCUUCUAUUCAAAAUCAACAACAAAAGGGAGUGUUUGAAAAAAGUGAAGCCAAUGAAGGGGGAAAAUGCAGUCGAAACGAAUAGUAUCCCACUCGAAUCCAAGCCAAGUCAGCACAAAAAGCAGAAGAGUUUCAAGAAAUGCAUUAAGUGCGACAAGAAGAAGCUGUACAUCAAGAACUACCAGGUGUCCGCCCGGCGGGAAUGCGAUCUCCUCUGCUCUUACGAUCCGUUGCGUAAAAAUAACGCCGACCUCUUCCAGACCCACAAAGGCACUUCCUACGAGUGCAUGUUCAAGAACCUCAAAUACAACCAAGCCGAAAAGCCGGCGGACAACGUGAUGGGCAACUCAUACGACGACAUGCUGGACAAGGAGGCUCUGCUCGGAUCGAAAAGCGAGCCGAAGGGGCAGGAUCCCAACGACAUGAUUACUUCACUGGGCGGAAACAUACUGCUGGACCAGAAGUUGCAGAACAACUACUACCACAAGUGGACCCUCCUGCACUACUCGCCCUUUAAGGCUGUGUGGGAUUGGAUAAUAUUGAUCCUGGUGAUGUACACGGCCAUUUUCACGCCCUACGUGGCUGCCUUUUUGCUUGGGGAACAGGAUUACCAGCGGCGGAACAGCAAAUACAUCAACUCCGAUCCGAUUGUCAUCAUCGAUUUGAUUGUGGACGUUACCUUCAUUGUGGACAUUAUAAUAAACUUUCGAACGACCUUUGUCAACUCGCAGGACGAAGUGGUAUCCCAUCCUGGGCGUAUAGCAGUUCACUAUCUGAGCGGCUGGUUCCUAAUCGAUCUCGUGGCCGCCGUUCCGUUCGAUUUGCUCCUGGUGGGCAGUGACACCGACGAGACAACUACCUUAAUAGGACUUUUAAAAACAGCUCGACUCUUAAGACUCGUUCGCGUGGCCCGAAAAAUAGAUCGUUAUUCGGAAUACGGAGCUGCAGUUCUUAUUUUGUUGAUGGCGACCUUUAUUUUGAUUGCCCAUUGGUUGGCAUGCAUAUGGUAUGCGAUUGGAAAUGCGGAAAAGUCUAUCGCUUCCAAGAACAUCGGUUGGCUCAAUUCGUUGGCCUACGAUAUUCAAGAACCCUAUUUCGACAACCGCACUGGUGGUCCCUCUAUAAAGUCGCGCUAUAUCACGGCUUUGUAUUUCACGUUCACCUCGCUCACUUCCGUGGGAUUUGGCAAUGUGGCACCGAAUACUGAUGCUGAAAAGGCAUUCACUAUUUGCGUGAUGCUCGUUGGAUCUCUUAUGUAUGCAAGUAUUUUUGGAAACGUAUCUGCCAUUAUUCAAAGGCUGUACUCGGGAACCGCCAGAUAUCACACGCAAAUGCUGCGCGUUAGGGAGUUCAUUCGCUUUCACCAGAUACCGAACCCGCUGAGGCAGAGACUGGAGGAGUACUUUCAGCACGCCUGGACCUAUACGAAUGGCAUCGACAUGAACUCGCUGCUCAAGGGAUUCCCCGAGUGCCUGCAAGCCGACAUUUGCCUGCACCUGAACAGAAAGCUACUGACGACAUGCGCCGCUUUCUCGGAGGCAAGUCCUGGUUGCCUGCGAGCGUUCUCCCUUAAGUUUAAAACCACCCAUGCCCCGCCUGGCGAUAUCCUAGUCCACCGAGGAGAUGUGCUCACCUCAUUGUACUUCAUUGCCAGGGGAUCCAUAGAAAUCCAGAGAGCCGGCAAUAUUGUUGUACUUGGUAAAAACGAUAUAUUUGGCGAGAAUCCGUGCAUAUACCCAACGGUCGGAAAGUCGAACGGCGUGGUGAGAGCACUGACAUACUGUGAUAUCCACAAGCUGCACAGGGACGACUUGCUGGACGUGCUGGACUCCUAUCCGGAGUUCCUGGAGAGCUUCUGCCCAACUGAUUGGUGGCCAUAUCCUGUUCCUUUCAGGACGAGCACUCUGGCGUCGACAUCAAGCACCGCUACCUGAGAGCAAAGUCCUCCGACAAAAUGAGGAGCUCUCCUGACAUACCCUCUAUAAGAAUGUAAGCGAAUACCACGUUGCGGGCGAAUGCUGUCUUACGUACUUCUUUUCAGAGUCGGGCUGCGUUAUAAGAAACAAAAUGUUAAUACUUCUGUGCAUAAAGUUAAGAAUGAUAACUCCCGAGACCUAAAUAUCUUUAUAGAAAACGAAAUCGCAAACUAUCACCUUGACUUGUUCGAUAAUAAUAAUUAGGGCUCACUUAGGCUCGCCCAAUCCGAAUUAUCUUAUUUAUUUGUGCACAAGCUGUUGCGAGGCUAAAAAGCGAAAAGCAAUAAAGGUCCUAACCGAAAA